AUGGCCGAUCUCGAUGCUGCAGCAGCCGUGGCUGGCGAUGCUGACCAGACCUUCGAGCAGAUCUCGUUGGCAUGCCCGGGCAGGACGACCCAGCUCCGCAUGCUCCUCAACCUGCUAGGCACCGCUCACCAACCGAUGCCCGGCUCGAUCCUGCUUCAAGAUCCAUGCAGCCCGGCUCGGACCGCCUCCUACGCCAAGAUGGUGCUACGGACGCUGGCGGACCAGCCGCUGUCGGGCCUCCAUCCAACGGUGGUCUCGCCGCUGACCUCGAGUGCAGCUCCGGCCCUGUUCCGAGACCUGCUUGAGCCGCUAGAGGCGUCGCUUGGCUCCACUGCCCCGGCGUCGACCUCGAGGCGCGCCGAUGGCUCGCUCGAUUGGUUUCUCUGGAGGGUUUCUGCGCUCCUCUCCGCCAACCCAAGCGUCAAGGUUGCUGUGCUCAUCGAGAACGCGGAGAGGAUCCGAGACGUGUGGCCAGAGACGGUCUGGACCACCUUCUGCAGGCUCGGCGAACUGACUGCUUCGCAGGGUCGCAUCACCACGGUCUUUGUCUCGAGCUUGCCAUGGUCAAACUACCGCACACCGAGCGGCCUUACCACCGUCCACGGCCCCGUCGUCAUCCGGUUCCCCCGUCACACAAAGGAAGAAGUCAUCUCGAUCCUCUUGCGCGACUUCGACCCGCUCUACGCCGCCUACCACCGUUCGGUCCUCGAGACGCGGAUGCGCGCAAACACAGCAGUCGGGCUCGUCCAGCCGCACGUCUUCCGCAUCCUCAAGCGCAGGGACACAAUGGAGAUGGUCGACAGGGACUCGCUGCGCAGGCUGUACAGCAGCUACCUCGGUCUCUUCUACGACUCGAUCAGCUCGCACGUACGCGAUGUGGCCCAGAUGCGGGUCAUGAGUGCAGCCGUCUGGCACGCGUUCGUCGUGCCCGUGCAAGCUGGCGAAGCUACGACCGGAGACACCCAGCUGCUCCUGCUGGCAUCAUCACACCUCUUCAGAGACGUCCUCGUCCGUCUCCAGACCAGCGAGGUCGGCCCGAAGGAGUGGACGGAAGAAGCGCGGCAUCAGAGCAUCAAGGCUUGCGAGGAUCGUCUCACGGCCAGUGCCGAAAGGGCUAGGCUCCAGGUGGAAGCACCGGCAGGCGAGGAGGCCGGCAACAAUCCGCAGAUCGAGGCCGUCGAUGAAGACCUGCUCAUGGUCGAUGAGGAGACCAAGAUUGAUCAGGAAGAGUGGCGCGAACGCGAUGCCGAGAGGACCAAGAAGAGACGCCUGUCGACGCAGCUGGCCAACACGUCGACGCUCGCCUCGCUGCCGCUGAUCCCGACGUUCCUGCUCCUCUCGUCCUUCCUCGCCUCGUACAACCCGUCGCGCCUCGACGUGCGCUACUUUUUGCGAGACAGCUCGCUCAUCGGCCAGUCCUCGGCCGCGUCAAAGGGUGGCACGGGCGGGCGCAAGUUCGGGCCGGGUCGAGGCAGGAGGAUCGUCCGUCGCGCGCGCGGAGCCAAGAAUGGCGCGAUGGAGGAAGGGGCGACCGAGAACCUGAACCGGCAGGAACUGCUCGGUCCCAAGUCGUUUCCCGUCGACCGGCUCCUCAGCAUCUUCCAGGCCCUCAUCACCGAGUGCGGUCCCGAGCUCAACAACCAGCUCGCGCUCUCGGUCGUGCCCGGCGAGGUCGAUGCCAAUGGCCUCGAAGUCGAGGGCGAUGUCGGCGCCAUGUGGGAGGAGCGCGCGAGGAGCGUCGGCGUUUACACGCAGAUCAACAACCUCGUCAGCCGACGCAUGCUCGUCCGCACCUCGGCGCCAGACCGGCUGGGCGGCAGCGUGAACUUCCGCACAAACGUCGGGUACACGGUGGUGGCGACGCUGGCGAGGAAGGUGCGCUUCGACCUCGACGAGUGGCUCUGGGACUGGGGCGGCGGUGGCGCCGGUGCGGCCUAG